GCUCACAUUUUCUUAUUCAUCGUUAUUAUUGGCAGUAAAGCACGUUUUAUUGGAUUGUUUAUUUAUAUAGUGGUGUAUAGAGGGUUUGAUAUAACUUUAACCUUUUUAUUUAGGUUUGUGGUUGUAUACAUGGCAAUAAGAGAUACCAUUAAAAUGCUUGGAUGUUACUUUAGCUUACCUUUGACUCUCUUAACACUCUAUAAAGGUAUUGUUAAAAAAUAG